UCCCCCUCAUCGGCCUCACCACCGAACGCGAAGCAAACCGGCGUCGAGUCCGCCCUCGCCGGCCCACUGUUGAUAAUCAAUCUGUCCCUCUGACCAGUCGGCCCCACACCUGCCCGUGCCAAGCUUAACUGCGACCGCUGUCUUCAAGCCCACACAAAUCAACAACACACACUCCCACUCCCACUCCCACUCCCACGCUGACACCUACCUAGGUGCCGCGCCGCCGGGACCCCAGCCUCGCCGUCUCCGGCGGCGUGCUCCCAGAUCUCGACUCGACGGUCCGUCUCUGCUCCGCGCGGAAUCGACUGACGGGGGCGGGAGGCCAGCGUCGUCCGCAGCUGAUUCGGGAUGGGCGGCAGCAGCACCAGCACCUUCGUCAUCAGGUGGAUCAACUUCCUCACCAUGAUACUGGCGAUACUUGUGGUGGGUUUUGGGUUCUGGAUGAGCACCCACAAUGACGAGUGCCGACGGUCACUGACGAUCCCUGUCAUGGGUCUUGGAGGAGUCAUUUUUCUCAUGUCGCUGGCGGGAUUCGUGGGUGCUUGGAAGAACAUUUCCUGCUUGCUUUGGACAUAUCUAAUAAUGCUGUUCGUGGUCCUGGUGGCAAUCAUGGUCUUCACAGUGCUUGCGUUUAUCAUUACAAAUACUGGAACUGGUCAUGCUGUCCCUGGGUCCAGCUAUAAAGAGUAUCGUCUUCAGGACUACAGUUCUUGGUUCGUCAAACAGCUCAAUGACACUGAUAAAUGGACUCAUCUGAGAAGUUGCCUUGUGAAGUCGGAUGAUUGCAAUAGCUUGUCAAAAAGAUAUAAGACUCUAAAACAAUACAAGCUCGCUGAUUUGACUCCCAUUGAGUCUGGCUGUUGCCGCCCACCAGCGGAGUGUGGAUAUCCAGCUUUGAAUGCUUCCAAUUUUGAUCUGAGCUACCAUCCGGUGAGCACAAACGUCGACUGCAAACUGUACAAAAAUGAUCGGUCCCUCAGGUGCUAUGACUGUAAUUCUUGCAAAGCUGGGGUUGCACAAUACAUGAAGACAGAGUGGCGGGUGGUUGCCAUAUUCAAUGUGAUAUUGUUUGUCAUUUUGUCAUUCGUGUACUUUGUUGGCUGCUGCGCACGUCGACAUGCUGGAGGUAGCGAUUCUAAAGUUCCUGGAAGAUGACGGUGUCACAGCAGGCGUUAGCUUUGCCGUCCCUUGUAAUAAGAUUGUUCCAGUAAAGUUGAUGAAAUGGAAUGCCCAAGGCUUCUGUACUGUGGGUGACUUUCUUUGUUCCAGUUGUAUUGUGAACAUCUGUGAAAAAGAACGUCCGACAAUCUUCUGAAAUACAGCCCGAUGAUCUUGCACAAUGGGCUUUGUACCA